UGUCAGUAUUGAAUUUAUAAAUACUGAAAUCUCGAUUUGUAUGUGAUGUCGUAUUCUAAAAAGUGCCGAAAUUAGUGUGAUGAUCUCAUUGAAUAAUAAAUUAAAGGUUGUGAUGGUUUUUCUUAAGAACUUUUGAAAUUUAUUCUGUUUUUGUCUGAAUUUUUUUAACAAUGCAGCAGUCACCUUUUGACAAUAUUUUCAAUAUAAUCGGUUUGUCCGAAGGCAAUGAGAAACCUAUGAAACACGGAUUUUAUAAUGCCUUUGCUUUAUUUGUUUUGGCUAUAUGUUGUGCAGCUGUAUACGUAUUAUUUCUAAUAUUAGAACCAUUUUUCAAACCACUAUUUUGGGCACUCUUGGUGGGCUCACUUCUUCAUCCUUUUAAAUACAAACUUUCUAAGAAAAUCAAAUCGUGGUUCGAAAAUUUAGAAAGAACAAACUCAUGUGUAAUAGUUGGCUUAUCAACUAUUCCCGUGAAUAUUGUGAAUUUUGCAUCAGACACAGUUGGCUAUCAAUUUAGAGAACAUUAUAAGGCAAUUAUAGGACUUCUCUCGGCUAUAUUUGUAUUACCAUGGCUAUACAAUGCAAUACCCAGAAGUCUCUGCUGUUUAUUUUGGCAGCUCACAAGCUUUAUCAACUUUUCCACAACUUUGCUCAUCAGUUUAUGUACAUCAUACAUUACACUAACAAUAGCAUUGGCUUAUAUAAUAAGUGUAUACACAUUAUGGAGCCCUGAAAGAGAGGGUAUAUUCAGAGUGACAUCUCAUAUCCUUUGGUUGGUAAUAGCCAGCUUUUUGGCUAGUUUAGCUGGAGCGUAUAAAGUGUACAUGUUUGUGGUUUUGCAAAGCAUCUUUAUAACUGGAUUUGUACUUGAAGUAUUACACGUGCACAAAAUAAUGCUUAUGAAAGAUCCAGAAGCAUCAACAUUAACCGCAAUACACAAUGUUCUAACAAAUGUUCAACAUAAUCAGCCAGAAAUCAGUGAGAAAGUCAAAGACUGCAUACCAGAGGUUGACAGUGAAAAAGAGUCAACACCAGAUGAAUCUCCCUCUCCCAUAACUCCAGAUGUCGCAAAACGAGGCAGCUGGACUGGAAAUGAACCAUCACAAAAUUCUCCAAAACACGCCAAAAUGCUGUUCAAAACUAGAACACUAUCUGCACUCCCGCUGUCGAAUACAAAAAUGAAAAGCGCUUUCGAAAAUCGCCUCCUGGCGUCCUUCAAACAAAGAUCACUGGAUGAAAAUUAUAUAAGAAAUAAUUUCUCUGAUGACGAAACAGCCUUGUACUUCAAACUUUUGUUCUUUGGUUGUUUCUGCAUGCUCAUAUGGAAACACAUCUGGUUAUUGCCGAUCACAUUAAUAUUUUUAGCUAUACAUAUAAUUAAAAUUUUACUUAAUUUCUUUGGUGUAUGGUUAUUCUUUGAAAAUCAAUACAACUAUCUGAUGGUUAAAAUUAACAGUUGGUGGAAUAAUAGACAAUCGGCAUUAAUACCGGGGCAAAUAAGAGGUAUUCGGAAAAUGCUUGCCAUUUGCAAUCAGAGUAUAAUUUCAAUGGCAUAUGAGUCCGUGGAUACUGUGUCCAGUUGCAUCGUUAUUAUCGGCCUUAUUCUAUUUGUGACUGUAGCUACAGUAUUUAUUUGUAUACAGAUAUAUUCAGAAGCAAUAGUUGUAAUUCAACUCAGCGGGAGUCUUUUGAACAGUACAUUUGUCCAGAACAGUGCGCUGCAUGCAUACUUACCUGAGGGUUGGGAAGAGAAGCUCGAUUCCCUUAUUGAUAAUGCAUACACUUAUGGAAGGGAAGGAAUAUCAACUGGAAUCAUGCGACAUGUAAAAAGCAUCCUAAGGGAAGGUGAUCCCGAAAAAAUAGCGCGCGUAGAGCAGCAAGUGCUAGAAAUCUGGGACCGAGUUUACCAGAGUUGGGUUUCGGGCCACUUCGCAGCAACUGUUGGCCCACAAGUUGACGGCACCGCUGUACAAGACUCUUGGGAUAACCUUGUCAGCGAUUUCACUCAAGCACCUGGCUUAUUCGACUAUACCGGUAUAGUCAGCUGGGUGCAAGCCAACCUGGGUACGUUGAGCGCGAUCGCGAGCGGUAUAUGGGCACCUCUAGCAAGCAACGUGUCUUUGCUCGCCGGCUCGCUGGGCGCUUUCACUUCGCUUCUGUUCAGCGGCGGCGGGGCUAUAAUUAAUAUGAUUAUUAACUUGGUGGUAUUCUUCACAACUCUAUUCUAUCUUUUGGCAUCAAGCAACGCUCUGUAUAAACCAGUGGAAGUCAUUACGAGAGUCCAACCCAACUUUGGUCCUAGACUCGGAAUUGCUUUGUCUGUUGCAAUCAAUCAGGUAUUCAGAGCGUCGUUUAAAAUGGCGUUAUUCUAUGGUCUAUGGACUUGGUUGGUGCACAAUUUGUUUGGCGCCAAAGUUGUCUAUUUGCCAUCUGUAUUAGCGGCUGUGUUAGGUGCAGCGCCGUUCCUAGGGCCCUAUUUGGCGGGAUUGCCAGCGGCGCUGGAUGUAUGGCUCCAGGGCAGACCGAUGGCGGCCUGUAUGCUCCCCAUUGCUCAGGCGGCGCCCAUCGCGUUCCUCGACGCUGCUGUGUACGCCGAGAUUAAGGACGGGGGACACCCCUACGUAACCGGUCUGGCAAUUGCCGGUGGUAUAUUCUAUCUGGGGCCGGAAGGCGCCAUCUUGGGGCCACUGCUCCUCUGCUGCCUCAUGGUGGUACUCAACUUGUCUUCCUCCUUCCUAAGGGACACUCCCUCGGAGGAAAGGGCCGCGUUACACUCUCGAGUCAGGUCAUUUUUGGGAUAUUAAAUGAGAUUCGGUGCUUAUCUUUAAAAUGCAUGAAGAGCUAAUUGUCAGAUGGCCAGCUAUUAUUGUUGUCGUAAUAAGAUAAAAUCGUAGAUUUUUUACCAACAGAGUUAUGUUAAGCGUCUAAACAGUUAAAUUACA